AUGAAAUCAAUCAUCAUAAAAUUGCUGCUUAUUACUUUCUGUAUCAGCGAUAUCGUCGCUGAAAAAUGUGAAGAGGUUACGGCCUCUGCCGAUGCAAAGAGCUUUGUUGUAAAAAGGAGUGGCACUGGCUGCCAGUACCGUGUCAAAUCGGAUUCCGGUAAAGCGGUGAAAGUCUACGUCAACGAGACGAGUGGAACCAAUUGUGUCAAGGCGACUAGUGGAGAUAAAUUCGAAACUCUGUGUCCAAAAGGUACAAUGACUGCUUUCACAUCCACCUCGGCGAUUGAUGUGAGUGCGGACUCCGUCGCUACCAGUACGUCUGCUGCUACAACUACAGUAACUCCUACAACUACGGAAGCUCCAAAGCCACCACCUUCAAGUGGUGGGGGAGAAACGGAAGAGACUCACAAAGGUCAAGCACCAUCAGAAAAAGGAAAGGAAGGAUCUCAGGAUCCUGAAAGGAAAGAAAACGCAGAAUCGGAAAAUCACAACGCGGCAUCGGUGGAAAUGUCACCAAUGGCAGCCGCGGCUGUUCCUGCUUUCAAAUCCCUAAUAAGGCAAGCCAGAGAAAUGCCAAGCAGCGCUGGAUACAACGACGUGAUUGUAUAUUACAUGUUGGUAACUUCUACAACCACACCGACUCCAUCACCAAAGCCAUCAGAAGAAGCAGGAGGAAAGAAUGAGAGUCAGAAGGUCCCAGGGACAGAUGAAGAAAAAUCGAAGGGAAAAGGGCCAGAAUCUCAGAAAGUGGAGAAGAAAGCAAAAGGCGAUUCGGAUAAUGGUGCAGCUAAAUCUGCAUCAGCGGGAUUAUCUCCGCAGGAAGCUGGAGCGUUUCCUCCUGCUGAUCACAUAAUAAGGCAAGCCAGAGAAGCACCAACCACAGCUGGAUCUGAUGACGUAACUGUGUACUACGUCUUGGGUGAGUGUGAAAUGCAACCAGAUAUUCGUGUAAACCAAUCAUUCGCUUAA